AUGGCUGCCAGGCCUGGCGAAGAUCUAGUAGCAACACUUUUCGCAGAUAUCCAUUAUUACUACGGGCCACCUACAGCCAAACCGCCUCACCACCGGUUCGACAAAGGCUCCUAUGUUUACCUCUUCGAGAUUGCAGCACAGAGGAGAGCGCGCUUAGAGAUUGCGAACAAUGCGGGGACUCCUGAUCAAGAUGCUGUCAAUGGAUACUUGGAUGGAGCCCAUAUCCACUAUUCCUACAGACAUCCUUCUUUGCUCACACUAACUGUCAAUGGGCAAAAUGGGCAGCGGAACAGCUCUAUACCAGUCGAUACUCAGGAGUGGCACCUGCCCACUUUCGAUCCUCGGAACGAGAACAAGUACAUGUAUCGACUUCACACCGUUGAUAUCUACUUUUGGACCAAGGAGGAUGCUGUACAAUUCCUGAAUGGGGCCCGAAGGGUCUUGCCUCAAGAGCAGCUUACCAUUUCAGACGAGCCAACUACGCCACCUUCUCAUGCAGAUGACAUGAGUCCAGUUGUUCAACAAUUGGAAAACGUGGCCAUCACAGAUCCUUCUUACCAGCAUGGCCGUACCAGGGAUUCUCGAAAUGCAUCUACUUCGUUUCCAGCGCCUCCAUUCUCUCCCGUGCCACAGAACCAAGAAGCCAAUAGGCUUUCGGCAUCGAGUUCUACUCCGCAGACAGCACCGCAAAAUCAAGAAACACCCGCCUUUGCACCCUUGGCAUACAAUCCGGCAGCACCAGCCGCUCCUGAAGCUAUCAAACACCGAGAAAAGACACCACCUCCUGAAGAUGGAGAUGCUAACCCACUCGUGGCUGCCGCAGCAUCGGACCAGGGUCAAACGUAUGGCGUUCCGUAUCAGUUCCCAGGGGGUGGAUUCUCGGGACCUCCUGGAUUCUCGGGACCCCCUAUAUUCUCAGGACCACCGGCUCAACCACCGACGCCACAAAGCUACUUUGCGGGGCCCCCAGUACAAAGUGUGGGGAUUCCCCCAAGUCAAUCACAGCCGCUUCAAUCUCCAUACGCUGUACACUUCCAAAACACAUUUGCACCACCCCCAACUACCCCUAUCAACCCUCCCCCUGGGCCACCAGCCUACCAAGCACAAGCAACAACUCAAUUCCCAGCUACUCAAUUCGCGAACUAUCCCACCUCUCCAGGAAUUCCCCCUCCCGGAAUCUACUCUCCGAUGUCUCCUACACAACCUGCACCAGGCGCCUAUAACCCGAAUAUGCCCCCACCCGGAGGAUUUUCGCAAUAUAAUUAUAAUCCCAACUUAAGUGGGAUGAAACCGUUGAUGACUGAUUAUUCCAUUCAUCAGCAGCUGUACCGGCCAACGGAGGGCGAAUCGGCAAUCAAAAACAAGCCGACGAAGCCUCCGGCAGGAAAGUUAGAAGCUAAGGCAGGGCAGCUGGAGAAGGGCGUCUCGGGAUUCUUGAAGAAGUUGGAGAAGAGGAUUGGAUAA